CUCCAUCCCAAUUCUCCUCUUCUCUUCAAUUACUUCACUAUUACAUAAACCGCAAUCAUGGUUGUCCAAGUCGGUAUCAACGGUUUCGGUCGUAUUGGCCGCAUUGUCUUCCGCAAUGCAGAAAGAAAAAAGAAAAAGAACCCGAGCAGCAUCCUAACCAAUACCUAUAGUAUCAACAACCCCGAUGUCGAGGUCGUCGCUGUUAACGACCCCUUCAUUGAGACUCACUACGCUGCCUACAUGCUCAAGUAUGACUCCACCCACGGUCAGUUCAAGGGCGAGAUCCAGCACGUUGAGGACGGUCUCAUCGUCAACGGCAAGAAGGUUACCUUCUUCGCUGAGCGUGACCCCGCUGCCAUCCCUGGGGCAAGGCCGGUGCCGCCUACAUUGUCGAGUCCACCGGAGAAGGCCUCCGCCCACUUGAAGGGUGGUGCCAAGAAGGUCAUCAUCUCCGCUCCCUCCGCCGAUGCCCCCAUGUUCGUCAUGGGUGUCAACAACAAGGACUACACCAAGGAUGUCAACGUCCUCUCCAACGCCUCUUGCACCACCAACUGCUUGGCUCCUCUCGCCAAGGUCAUCAACGACAACUUCGGUAUCGUUGAGGGUCUCAUGACCACCGUCCACUCCUACACCGCCACCCAGAAGACCGUCGAUGCUCCUUCCAACAAGGACUGGCGUGGUGGCCGCACUGCGGCCCAGAACAUUAUCCCCUCCUCCACCGGUGCCGCCAAGGCUGUCGGUAAGGUUAUUCCCCAGCUUAACGGCAAGCUCACCGGUAUGGCCAUGCGUGUCCCCACCGCCAACGUCUCCGUUGUCGACCUUACCUGCCGCAUCGAGAAGGGUGCCUCCUACGACGAGAUCAAGGCCGUCGUCAAGGCCGCUUCCGAGAACGGCGAGCUCAAGGGCAUCCUUGGCUACACUGAGGACCAGAUCGUCUCCACCGAUCUCAACGGUGACGAUCGCUCCUCCAUCUUCGAUGCCGCCGCCGGUAUCGCCCUUAACGCCAACUUCAUCAAGCUUGUCUCCUGGUACGACAACGAGUGGGGUUACUCCCGCCGUGUUGUUGACCUCAUCUCCUACAUUGCCGGUGUCGAUGGCCAGUAG